UCACCUCUUUCCUCCCAGAUCAUAUCCAGCAAGUCUCUGUGAACUUUUCAGAUGGAGGGAGCAACACAAAGAAAGAAAUAAAGCCAAGAACUAAAUCAUUAUUCUGGAGAGACCUGGCAUAAUUCCCUUUACAAGUGGUCAGAGAAAUAUAGAGGAAGGAGUUCAUAAAUUUACAGUAACAUACGUACAGAUCCACCAAAGGAAACACCAUCUCUGGCUCCUUCUCCUGGCUCAAAAUGCUGUUUACUCUAGGACUUCUCCUCCUUCUCGCCCCAUUUCCCUCCAUUCAAUCCCCGACCAAUGAGAGAAGAAACAUGACAGGAAGCGACGUGACCAAACCUAAUGCUGUUUUCACCCUGUCAAAACCAAAAACCACUGCUGCUCUCCCCAAACAGACCGUUCGUCCAACCCUAAAGUCAAACACAGUUAAUCAGACUGUUUUACCCACUCCUGCAACCACCAAAAGCAAGCCCAGCCCAGCAGUAAUUCAAACCACUCCGUCAACAGCAGUAAAGGCUUCACCAGCCAGUGGCACUGUCAUCAAACACACAGUCUCAGUCAAUCAAACUGUUGCUAAAUCCCCUUCAGCCAAUGAAGUGAAGUCUACCAAAGACAAGCCUGGCCCCAGUGGAGCUCCAAAUGUUCAAUCAGCAUCCACAAAGUCUGCUCCUGCCAGUGGCGUUAAAACCACCAAAAACAAGCCCACAGCCUCCGUCAAUCAGACUGUUGUAGCUAAACUUCCCUCCACCAGUGAAAAACCCCAACCUGCAGUCAAUCAGACUGUUUCAAUGAAAUCUCCUUCAACUAGUGAUGGGAAGACUGCCAAAGACAAGCCUGCCCCCACUGUAGUUCAAAAUUCUCAGUCAACAUCCCCAAAGUCUGCUCCUGCCAGUGGUGCUAAAACCACCAAAAACAAGCCCACAGCCUCCGUCAAUCAGACUGUUGUAGCUAAACUUCCCUCCACCAGUGAUGUAAAGAACUCCAAAGACAAGCCGGCGCCCACAGUGGUUCAAACUGUUGGAUCAACACCAGCAAGGGCCCCUACAGCUGGUGGUUCUGCAGCCAACAAAGAUAAGGUCACAUCCUCUGCCAAUCAGACUGCUGUAAUCAAAACUCCCACCACCACCGCUGCCGCCGCUGCCACCACCACCACCACCACCACCAGCACCACCACCACCACCAUAAAAGAAAAGCCUGCUCAAGCACAGCCAAUCAAGGUGGUCAUCAGUGAUGGCUGUGACUCAAGCAACACCAAGGAGCAGGAGUUGAAGCUGAAGCCGGGUGCUCCUCUGGUGAUGACACAUAAGAUCAGCUUGCUGCCUGGUGGCUGCGCUGGGGGAUGUGAGUCUGAGAUGACAGCGCUGAAAGGACGCCUGGCCCGACUGGAAAGAGAGAUGUCCUUAUUAAAAGAGCAAUGUCCAUGUUCUGCAAAUUGUCCAAAUGACUGUAGUGGCAAUGGGGAAUGUCAGAAGGGGAAAUGUAUCUGCCAACAGGGAUUCAUGGGUCCAGACUGCAAAGCUGCCAAGGGAAAGGUCAAGGUAACUGUGGAAACAGUGAGCCUGCAGGUGAAUAAAGAAAAAGAAAACAUGCAGGAGAAAACCACCAAAGUAGAGCAGACACUCUUCCAGAAGAAGGAGCAGAAGAAGGGGUCUGAAGCCAAAGAGACAGACACUAAACCCAAAGUGGUUACUAAUGAUAAAGCAGUUCUUGUUAAAACCCAAUCAAAACAAGAGGCUUCUGUUAAGAAAAUAACUACUACUACUAAAGACUCUGAAGCCAAAGAGACAGACACUAAACCCAAAGUGGUUACUAAUGAUAAAGCAGGUCUUGUUAAAACCCAAUCAAAACAAGAGGCUUCUGUUAAGAAAAUAACUACUACUACUAAAGACUCUUCGAUUGCAACAAAGACCAGUCGCCCAACUGUUGCUCAAGUUCUGCUGAAACAUGAGGGAAGAAAGCAAGAAGAGGCCCGCAAAGGCAAAACAGCAGUUUUAUCCUCUAAAAAAGUCCUCCAAAAAACUGACUUCAAGAUUGUUAAGGAAGGAACUGCCAGUAAAACAUAUCCUAAAUCUGACCAACUAAAAGACGAACCCCAAACCAAUGUAACCCAGAGUAACGUGAAGAAAUCUGAUGGCACAGCUAAACUUGUGACCAUUCUGUCCAAGGUCACAGGACAGACAAACAAAACCAGAGCAGGGAAGGAGACUGUGGAGCAGUCCACACUAGCUGAGAAGAAUGUUACUCAGUCAUCUGGACAAAAACGUAUCAAAAAGGUCAAAGUAGACAGUGCAACUGUGCAACUUGUUGAUGACAGAAGCACUGAAGCUGGCAAGGCUGGAAAAGAGAAAGUUACCCAGAAGAGUCAGUAUUUAGUGAAUACAACUAUUGCAACAUCAGGUGAGGCUCGAGUUCAGCAAAACAAAACAACUACCCAUGGCUCUGGGAGCGCAAGGAGGAUGGGAGGAUCUGGAUUAGGUUCUGUAAAGGUCGUGAACAUCUCUUCCUACAGUUUCACUGUCACGUGGUCAGCACCACAAGGGAUGUUCAAGAACUUUACCGUAAUCAGAAGAGAGCCACGGACAGAGGGUGAUGAAGAUGACCAUGAGGAGUUCGAAGAGGAAGCUCUUGAAGGAGACAAAACCCCCACAGCUAAGAACACAACUGAAAUCCAGGUACAGAGUGAGAGCACCAACACAACUGCCUCCUCUGGUAAAGCUGUUGGAUCUAGAGGCAAAGCUGAAACCAAGAGGAUCUCUAUGGUGGUACCUGGCAAUGUACGUUCUGUGGAGUUCAGUAACCUUCGGGCAAACACAGUCUAUGUCUUAUAUGUAUAUGGUGCUGCAGCUGAGAGAAGAUCAAAGAUUCACAGAGUAACCGCAGUUACAGGUCCUGAGCCAGCCACAGAGAUGGUAUUCAGCAAUGUGACAGAGUCUUCUCUCACUGUUUCCUGGUCUAAACCAAAGGCCGCAUUCGCAGGCUUCAGGGUCACAUACACCAACAUUAUCACAGGGGAGAACCGCUUUGUCACCGUGGAUUCUCAGCAAUCUUAUGUGGUUCUGUCCAAGUUAUCUGCUGGAUCCUCCUACAUUAUCUCUGUAACUACUACACAAGGCAGAACCCAGAGUAAUGCCCUCACAUCCAUUAUCACCACAGUCCCCGCUCCUCCAACACAUCUGCAAGUUGUCAAUGUGACAGAUACCAGAGCUGUGCUGCAAUGGACACCCAGUCUGGGGAAAGUUGACCGCUUCAUCAUCAGCUAUGAGUCCUCCAAGACUCCUAAUGUGACAGUGACAGUAAUGCUGUCUGGAAAUUCAGUGGAACACCAAUUGAGAGGCCUGCAGAGAGGCACCAUGUACACAGUCAAAGUCCUGAGUCAGAAGGACAGUCUCCAGAGCAUGGGCAUCUCAACUACAUUUACCACCGCUCACGUGGUUAAAGCCAGCGAGGUAGGUGCUCGCUCUGCAGUGAUAGCAUGGAGAACUUCCAGUGUUUAUCACAGCUACAGACUGAUCUACCAGGUUGCAGGAGAGGAGACAAAGGAGGUAAUCCUGGAUGGAUCUGUCACAGAGUAUAAGCUGACCAGACUCUUGUCAAUGUCACGCUAUAUUGUUCUGGUGCAAGGCGAGAGAGAUGGACACUACACAUCUGUUGUCACCACAGAAUUCAUCACAGACAAACUGCGUUUCCCCUUCCCUACUGAGUGCUCUCAGGAGCUGCUGAACGGAGCUCUGAACUCAGGAGAGGUAGAUAUCUACCCACAAGGAAAAGAGGGGCAAGCAGUCAGAGUCUACUGUGACAUGGAGACUGAUGGAGGCGGCUGGACGGUGUUCCAGAGGAGGAUGAAUGGAAAGACAGAUUUCUACAGAACCUGGAGUGAAUACAUCACCGGCUUUGGAAACCUCAGCGAAGAAUUCUGGCUCGGAAAUGAGCUUCUUCACAACCUGACCAGUGUCGGCCCUGUGAGUUUGAGAGUGGAUAUGCGAUCUGGAAAUCAUACCGCUUAUGCUCACUAUGCCAACUUCUCCAUUGAUUCAGCAGAGAGACAUUAUACUCUCACAGUGUCUGGCUUCACAGGAACUGCAGGUGAUUCUAUGAGAUACCAUAAUGGGCGUCCAUUCUCAACCCGGGACAAGGACCCUGAUCCUCUCGGCAUCUACUGUGCCAGGGCCUACAUGGGAGGCUGGUGGUACAAGAACUGCUACAAGACCAACCUCAACGGUCUCUAUGGCAUCAACAGUAAUAAUCAGGGAAUAGUCUGGAUAGACUGGAAAGGUAAAGACGCCUCCAUUCCCUUCACUGAGAUGAAGUUCAGACCAUCCAGGUUCUCUCCUGCAACUCAUGGCUAAAUAUACAUCAGUCCUCAUGGGUUCUCCAACAUGAAAACCUUCCAUCUGACAAAAAAUUACAGCUCUAGAAAUCCAGAAGACAGUGGAUCUCACAGUUCAACUUUCCAACUGAAAUUGCAUGUACAGUGGUUGUGACAGCUGUAAUUACAAACAGCUAUCAGCACAUUUGAUUCAGUGUGCAUGGUUUCUUUUCUGAUCUGUUUUUUUUUUCUGGACAUGUACGAAAAAAGUGGAGAGAUGUUUUAUUGCAACUUUUUGUAUAACUGUUCUUCUGUUCUGCCUGACCCAUCCAUUUCAACACAGUUUUGUUUUUACUCUUAAUACCUUCUUGUGCACCACCAUGGUAUGCCACCCCACUACUACUGUAAUUAAAUAUGCACUGUCUCACUCCAUUGGAAUAAAUGUGGCUAAUGUGGG